AACACAAAAUAAACAUGAAUGAACAUCCGAAGGUAUGUUCAUUCAGUAGGCCUACAACUUACCAAAAUCCGUAUCGUCACAUGUAAUCGAUCAUGUAAUCAGUGUUUCAACUGCAGAAAGGCGUCAACAGGUUAUCAAAAUCAGGCGAAAUCAAAUCGCAAGCUUCUGAAUCGAAAUCUGGGGGAGGAUGCCUCCAGACCCCCUACAACAAUUUACCUCUUAAACAUGUCACCUUUUUUUUUUUUUUUUUUUUUUUACCUCUUUUGAGUUUGCAGAUCUGAUAACAAUAAAUGUAAUACAUUUUAAAGUGCAUAAUGUUUUUUUUUUCAUUCAGUAGAUAUGUUUCUGCUUCUGUUAUCGGGUAAGCCAAACAUUUCCAAUAAAUAUUUUAUCAUCACAGAAGUUGCCUUUAUUUGGCUUCUGGUUUUAUUUAUUUUUUACUGUUUAGAAAAUACAAUUAUUAAUUUAUACUUCCUAACUGAACUUGUGUCUUUUUCAGGAUUUAUCAGCUUCGGCUUGAGUGUCCCUCGUCAUUAUGUCUUUGUGAAUGAAUCCAAGACUUGGGCAGAAGCUCAGAGAUACUGUAGAGAUAAAUACUCUGAUCUGGCCACUAUUGAAAAUGAACAACAGACAGUUCAGUUAUUGGACACAGUUAAAGAUGAUUCCAUUGAUUUGGCCUGGAUUGGACUCUAUGAUGAUCUGAACAGUUGGAAAUGGACUCUAGAGGACAGUGAUUUCUUCAAUGAUUUUUAUCAGGAAGGAGAGAGAGAUUACAGGAACUUCAAUAAUCAACCGGACAACAGUGGUGGGAAUGAACUGUGUGUUUACAUGGAUUAUGAUGGCAAAUGGUAUGAUAUGUCAUGUGACAACACGCUGCCAUUCAUUUGCUAUGAUGGUAAAGAAAAUGUCACACAGAGUUACAUCAGAAUCUAUGACUGGAAAACCUGGUCAGAGGCUCGUAGAUACUGCAGAGAGAAUUACACAGAUCUCGCCAAUGUGAGAAAUCAGACUGAGAACCAGAGGAUCCUUGAUAGAACAGGUGGAGGAGGCUGGAUCGGACUGUACAGAAACAGGGUUUGGUCUGACCAACAAAUUGCCAGUUAUGAAAACUGGAAACCAGGCAUUCCUUAUUCACCACAGCAACCAGAUAAUGAUUAUGGGGAGUGGGAUUCACCUCACUGUACUGCUGUUUCACUCAAAGAUGCAGGCCGAUGGACCGAUGAGAACUGCUUUUUCAGCAUCCCUUUCUUCUGCUACAACAGAACCUGCACACAAUCUUCAUGCACCUGUCAGUAUCACUUUGUAUCUGAGAAUAAGACCUGGUUUGAAGCUCAGAGAUACUGCAGACAGAAUUACACUGAUCUGGCCACCAUUGAUAACAUGGAGGAAAUGAACAGACUGAUCAACACAGUUAAUGGGAGUUACAAUGGUUCAGCCUGGAUUGGACUGUAUGGUGAUGUCAACAGCUGGAGAUGGUCUCUGGAUAAUGCAGUGUUAGGAGUUCAUAAAAGGUGGCUUGGCCAACAUCCAAGGAACACAGGUGGACAGAGUCUGUGUGUGAAUAUGAACACACACAAUGGUUUAUGGAGUGAAGCUCCAUGCUCCAACUUGUCUCCUUUUGUUUGCUACGAUGGUAAGAUGGUGGACUUCAACUAUUAA